CCAUGUGUCGGGGCGUGGUCAUUGAGAGGUGGGCGGGGUCAGCGGCCUUAUAUAGAGCGGUGUUGGCGGCUGAGUGACAAAUCUGUUGGACCGCUGCUGCUCUUAUUGUGAAAAUCCGUCUUCAGCAUGUUGGACAGACUGGACCAGACUUCAGACAACAGCUCGGAGACAAACACCACCGGACCGCACGACUGGACCCAGGUGUACGAAGCCGUCAGAUGGAUCCAGCUCAUCAUGGCUCUGCUCAGUAUUUUGGGUUCAGGCUCCAUCAUCGUCUGUGUGACAUCACACAGACGCAGCUGGACCACGGAGCUGCAGCGUCUCUUCCUGCUCAGUGUCUCAGACAUGAUACUCGCCAUCUGCUGGAUCGUCGGUGCUAUGCUCUACUCGCAGAACUGCAACGUGCACAGAUUGUGUUACCACGUGCACAUCGUGGAACAGAUCCUCUACAUGGCCUCGUUCUUCUACACGCUGAACUAUGUGUGGAGCCUCUACACAGGGAUUCGGGACCAGUUCCACCGCUGUAGUGCUGGAUCUGCUGGUCAGUUUGCCUCCAGAAUGAACGCUGUCAGUAAACUCACCGCACUGCUUUCAGGUUUGUUACCUGUUAUGCUGAUGACUCCAGUAUUUAUUCAAGGGAACAUCAGCCGCUGCCAGGCCAACUACAGCGAACCCUACAGGUGUCUGCUGAUGCACACCGGAGCGCUGUACCUCACCUCUGAGCACCAAGAUCCAAUCAGAGCUUGCUACCACCUUCGUACCUACCGCAUCACAGUCUUCCUCUUAACCUUCAUCAUCACCCUGACAGGCAUCGUGCUGCUCAUGGGAAAAGCUCGCCACAUUUACAGACGGGUUGUGACAUCAAAUGGUUACCUUGGUGACCAGCAGCGAGCCUCGUUCCGUGUGGUAGACCGGCGGAUGCUCCUCUACCCGUCUGUCUUUGUCUUCUGCUGGGGACCAGCGGUGUUUGUGGCAGCGAUGCGGCUGGUGGUGCCCUCUGCAGGUCAGGGCGUGGUGGGCGUCGUCCUCUACAUACUGCAGGCUUUCACUUCGGCCUCUCAGGGCUUCCUGAACUGUUUGGUGUACGGAUGGACAAACGCCGUCUUCCGCCGGGCCAGCAGGAUGGUUUUAUAUAGAGACAUGAAUACCCAGACUCCUUUGCUGCAGUCUCAGAAGAACAGAAGCUACAAGAGCAUUUGCGGUGGAAGCUAAAAAUAAAAAACAGGAUGAGAGGAGAAGCGGUCGGUGUGUGACCGAGGAGAAACCAUGCAGCUGUUCUCUGUUUUCACUUCUGGGUGUGUGCACGAGGUGCUCCGCCUCUGAUCCUGAAGCACUGAUGCGAGGAAAAGGGAAGAAGAAGAAGACGGGGGGAGUUUACGUCCAGAGGAAGAGCGAUGAUGAAAACAGGAUUUGAAAAUGCUGCUAGUCACAUGACCACCUUAAAUAACAUACAGUAACUGUGAGUUUGAAGCAGACUUGUUGAUGAGCCACAGGUUUGAAGCGUCACACCCGUAUCGCGGCUGUAAAAUUUCGUUUUCACUGUAAUUUCCCCAAACUUUUCCUGGGCGGGCGUCACGUUGUUUCAGGUGUUCUGUGGAAAUCCGUCAGAUUCGCUUCUCCCCCGAGGAGCCGCUUUAUUAGAAAUAAUAUCCCAAACAAUCUUCAUCUCUUCCUCCGUGAAAGUGUUUAAACGCACGGUCUUACUGCCGUCACAUGUCAAUGCUCCCUGCUGCCUCGGUGAACCCGAGUGCCUUCAAACCAUCUGCACGCUCUGAAACCGCAAUCUGCCACCAGUGUGGAAUAGAAUCUUGAAGAAAUUAGGACCAGAGAUGAACAGUGAAAGUCACGUGAUGUGAAGUGGCUGCCUGAACCAGCUCAUGCUCACAACAUCAGUGUGGCUGUAAACUGGGGUCAGCAACCUGCUCCGGGAGGUCACCGGCGUGAUUCUCAUGUCUGCCUGCUGCGGCCACACCCGAUUGGUCAAGUCUGGUGUUUUCUGGCUCCUGGCUUAGGACAGGUGACCUCUAGGUGCAGGACAGGUGACCCCUCCUGUAAAUUUUAAAUUCAAAUUAAAGUCAAAGUUAAGUCACAACAUUAGCAACAAGAUACUUUUCUAUG